GACUCCCUUCCGAAGAUGGCACGCAAGGCUCGACGCAAGAUGGCGGUGGCGUGGUGCGCGCUGGCGAGCGCCCUGGUGGCGGCCGCGUCCGCGCUGCCCCGCGCUGCGGACAACUCGGCGGACGACGACCAGUUCGCCCUGCCCGAGGGGCUGCUCAUCGGCGCUGGGGUGGCGGCCAUCCAGACCGAGGGCGCCUGGGACGCAGAUGGGAAGUCCGAGAGCGCGGCGGACCACGUCGUGCACACCGGCAAGCUGUCGGCGAUGGGCUACGGGGACCCGCACCUGCACGACGUCGCCGCGGACUCGUACCGCCGCUACCAGGAGGACAUCGACAAGGCCGCCGAGCUCAAGCUCAAGCUGUACCGCUUCUCCAUCGCGUGGACGCGCGUGCUGCCCACGGCCGACGCCACCAAGCCGAACGCCGCGGGCGUCAAGUACUACCACGACCUGAUCGACGCCAUCCUGGCCAAGGGCAUGGUGCCCUUCGCCACCAUGUUCCACUUCGACCACCCCCAGAUUCUCGAGGACCAGUUCCACGGCUGGCAGAGCGAGCAGAUGGUGGACAAGUUCGUGGAGUACGCCCGCUUCCUGUUCAACGAGUACUCCGGCAAGGUGAAGCUCUGGAACACCAUCAACGAGCCCAACAUGUACUGCACGUACUUCCCGGCCGCCUUCGUCAGGGCCGGGCUCUACAAGCAGGAGGAGGCGAACCACUUCCAGUGCGUGCACCACGUGGUGCUGGCCCACGCCGCAGCCUACAGGGCCUUCCACCAGGACGGCCACACGGGCCAGGUCGGCAUCAACGUGCUCAUGACACACGCCCGGCCAGCCACCACCCGCCCCGAGGACGCGUACGCCGCCGACGCCUGGAACCAGAUGUACCACGGGCUGGUGCUGCACCCCGUCGUCUUCGGCGACUACCCCCAGCUCGUCAAGGACGUGGCCAAGGACAAGGUCACCGAGUUCACCGACGCGCAAAGGGCGAGCCUGCGAGACUCGACUGACUUCGUGGGCUUCAACGUGUACUUCGGGCUGACGGCCUCCUACAAGGACCCCAACACCCCUACCGGGAAUGCGAGCAUGGCCAUGGGCAGCAUCCUGGACAACCUCCCCUUCAUCACCGUCAAGACCACGGGCGUGGACAGCAACGACCCUCAGGCCGGGUUCAGUUCGAUUCUUCCCGACGCCAUCCGCAGCGCCCUGCUGUGGUCGUGGGAGAGCUACAACAAGCCCCUCAUCGUGACGGAGAACGGCCUGGGCGGCUCCAACGACGAGCUGCGCGCGCCCUACUUCAGUGCCUUCCUCCGCACCAUGGUCUCCACCAUCAAGGAGUUCAACAUCAAAGUGAUCGCGUACUGCGCAUGGAGCCUGAUCGACAGUUUCGAGUGGAGCGCGGGCUUCAGCCGCCCCUUCGGCCUGGUGCACGUCGACUACGGUAACGGCACGGACGGCACCCUGACGCGCUCCCUCAAGCCGUCUUCGCAGUUCUGGAUCGACCUGGCCGACACGGGCGUGGUGCCCUUCGUGGCCAAGCCCAACGCGGCCAGCUCCUCCGCGGCGUCCUCCGCGGUCCUGGUGCUGGGCCUCGUCGCCGCGCUCUUCCGCUGACUGGCGGUCGGAGUCGUCUCCCAGCGAAACUUUUGAAGACUGAGUGUUCAGGCACGGACAACAAACGCCAUCUCGCGAAGUGACAAAGACAAGUACAAAUAAUAUCUCUUUAUUAUUGCUCGAGUGUUGCUUGUGUCCACUGUCGGCCGCGGCGCUAGCUGCCGGGCAGCUAGUCGUCGUCGUCGCCGCCCUCGAAGUUGACGACGUACGACAGCGGCACCAUCUCCGUGCGCGUGUCCUGGGGCGAGCUGGGGGUGCUGGGCGAACAGUCCUCGUUCCUGCGGCAAGACAGACGAGGCACUUGCAGUGUGGGGCGCGAGGCAAGACAGUGAGUCACGAGAACGAGAACGACGAGUACCUUCUGGCGGAGCCGCGCACGGCCCGGCGCCGGAACAGGCGGCUGGCGGCGCACGAGCAGCGGAAGGCCCCGGCGAACUCCUUCCUGAACUUGCCUGCAACAGAGGGGCUUGCAGAAGGGCGCCGGGGAGGGGGAGGGGGAAAUAAAGAUUCCAGCUGCACCAAAGAAACGUUCAUUUGACCAAAAAAAAGAAUCACAAUCCAAAAGCCGGUCAAUUACAAGUAGUGUCCAUAAUACUGCUCACAAAUGGAAUGCGUUAAACAGUUUGCACACGUGCACACCGCGGCUAUCGAACAAUCACCAACUCCGAACAACUCUCCAUCUCUUUCCUUAUAUUACAAUCGUCUUGUACAAAAAUAUCAUUUCUUGUUAUAUUGAUUGUUUGUACGUAUUUAUUAAAGGAUAAAAAUAUUUAAGAAAAAAAUA